AUGUCGCGGAACAUCGUCCGCAAAUCGGAUAUUGGUGCGCCGCCGGCGCGGAUGUCAGCCGGAGCGCCGCCUAGUCUUCCUGUACGCCGAGUUUCACGAGCAACGUUCAAAAAUCCCCGGCAUUCUGCUACACCGAAUCGUAGACGCAGAGCAGAAGGAAAUCUGGACACCGAGGAGGAUUCGGAUUCUGAUCAGGCAUCCACCACUAUAGAUGAACAGGAGGACCGCGGAAGUGGGACCGAUGAAAUAAAAAAGGAAGAGGAGCAGGAGGAGAAAGUGAAGAAAACGCCGCGUAAAAAACGUCGAUUCAGGCAAGGCUUAAUAAUGAACGGCUGUCGCCUCACUGGGUUAACUGACUCAAUAGCAAAGAGUAGAAAAAGAGCAGAACGAAGAGCGCAGCUAGCGGCUGAGCGCAAAGAACGGGAAGAAUCACAACAAAAGCAAGAACAACAGCAGCAAGAGCAAGAGGUUUGGUUUUUUAUGAGUAUUUUCCUCAUUUUUUGCCCGUGCGUUUAUAUACUUUAUGACAAAGUCAUGAUAACAACCCAUGUGAAUGUGUAA